AUGUCCAUGCAGAAAUUAUUGCUGCUUUUUAGCUUGACCCUUCUUGUUUCAAGGAGUCUGUGUGUUGCCCGCUGUUACCUUAGACCAGCCAGCAAAUAUGGGUGUCUGUCAAACAGAAACCUCUAUGUUUUUGGUGCCGUAUGGAAGAAUGAAGAUUGUUUCCGAUGCAGGUGUAAGACGAAUGCUAUGAUUUGCUGCAGCUUGGUUUUAAUCCCCAAGAGCUAUGACAGGGUGAACUGUGUUGGCCUAUUCCACAAGAAAAGUUGUUCCAUCCGAGUGGUGAAGAAGACUAAUCCUGAGAUAAGCUGCAGUGUCUACAAUGGAUUUGGUUAA